AUGCGUGAAGCUUUUCCAAGUCUUCCAUUUGAUAACAUUACCGAAGAGAAGCUACUACUAAUACUACUGCUAGCGGGCCGACCGUGCCCGACGGCGCACCACGAACCGCACCACGACGACGACCGGCGGCCGGACGAGCUGACGAUAAUCGGCGAAAAGAUAAUAAUUAAUCGUGAGGGUGAAACAAUUAAGCAAACAUUGGUGGAUAACGAGCAGGACCAGCCGACGCUCCAGAAGAAUGCUGUACUUGAUACUGACGACACAGCGCAAAGCCACGCUGGCCAUCUGCCAGCAGCAGUCCUUACGGCAGCAACAGCAGCAGCAGCAACGGCGACGACCGCCACGACGUCACCCUCCGUCAGCUCGACGACCCACCAUCAUCAGCAUCACCAGCAACAGCAGCAGCAGCACUCGGUGGCGGCAUCGGCCACCGCCUCGGCUGCCGCCACCUUCUCCACCACCGCAACCACCUCGAUCUCGAGCAGCAGCGGCACAGCGGCACUAGCGGCGGCUCCCGUUCCAUUCUCGGGCGAGCUGGAGGAGCUGCAGUACAUACUGCACUUUCCCGAGGAGGUCGCCCUUCGCAUCACCGACAUGGAGUAUCAGCUGUUCUACCAGGUAUCGCCGGUAGAUUUCAUAAACGAGGCCAUCCUCGAGCUGAAGCGGGAACGGUGCGGCGUCGGCGUCGGUGGUGGUGGUGGUGGUGGCCGAGAGGGCGGAAGCUUCCAGUCGCCUUUUAGUAGCUUUAUAUCGUCACUGAAUCCCAUACGCAAACGAUUCGAUGAGACCAGCGCGUGGACCAACUAUAUUGUGCUCUCACAAGGUACACAAGACGAACGAAAAGCGGCCUUUGCAUGUCUGUUGCGUGUUGCUAUUUCAUGCUGGAAUAUCGGAAACUUCAAUGGUGCUAAAGAGAUAGUGGAUGGUCUGAAAUCAAUCAAAAAGGAAGCAUUCUGGACGUCGGCCACUGAUCGCACGGGACGGAAUACGGUGUACGAGUUUCUUACGACCGUGUUCGAUAGCUUCGAGUAUGAUAAUGCGGUUACGCGGGCUCUGGCCAUACCCACGUGUCGCAUGAUACCGUACUUCCGGAACCACGUGGACGAGAUCAAAACCCUGCUACUGACCGUGCCGCAAUCCCUUGGCCCAACUUCCACCGACAGCGGUGAGAACCCGGUGGAGAAGUACUUUCUGGGCGAGGUGAAACCGCUCCCGUUGCGGGAAGAUGAGGAAUUCAUUGCGAGACUGCUCCCACUGGCGCUGCCGAUCGAUUGCCGGGUACGGACACCGGUUCCCACUGAACCACCGGACAUCCCAUCGGACGAAUCGACCGAACCGUUGCUGCUGUCCGACGAGCGGGACGAGUCCGGUGUCGCGGAGGAGAAUCGCGAAGAGCUGCUCGAGCAGAUACAGCUACGGGCGGAACCGGCCGUCCAUCGGGUGGCCACCUUCAUCGACCACCAUGACCAGCUGUGCCGGGAGUUGCCACACAGCCUACUGGAGUACCUACGGGCGGCGGCCAACAGUCCGCGCCAAACGAAAACCCCACUCUACAUCUACCAGCCCUCGAACCUGCAGGAACAGGAGGAGGACUACGAGGUGGAGAUCGGUAACUAUAAUCCGGUGCAGCCACUGUUUUACGACCACGGGAUCAGCAUCAUACCGCUCUCGUCCAAGCAAACCAACGCCAUCGAUCAUCACAUACUGCAGAUUCUUCAUCAUGGCACCACGUGUGUACUGUGGGAACCGGAGACACCGUCGGACCGGUCGUCCUACGUGUACCUACGGCUGGAGCGCUCCUGUUCGUUUGUGUCGUGGCAAAGGACGGCCUGGCGGCGGAUUAAAUCCCAACAAGACUUUAGCCUUAACGUCAACCCGGAGGAGAUAGUGGCGUGGAAGUUUGCCAAUCGCUAUGCAUCGAAUGUCGGCGAGCUGGAGGGCCAGUGCCAGAACCUGGACGAGGGCAUGCUGGAUCUCGGCACGAUUAAGGAGAUCAAUAUGGGGUCGCGGAACCACGAGUACGACGCGGAGAUACUGGCCGCCGGCAAGCGCUUCGGUCUGACGCACGUCGAGUGCUGCGUGACGCUGCUGUACGGGAACUCGGCGAGCGAAAACCGGAUACUGUGCAUCCUCUGCCCGCCGAUGCUGUGCCGGGCGUGGUACGUCGGCCUGAACUGGAUGCUGCGGGGCAUCCGGCGCCAGCAGAUACUGAUCGACCGGUCGAUGCUGUGGCUGAAGGAGCUCUACAUACAGCUGUACUUCGAGGAGGGUGCCUGCAGCGAACCGAGCGUGGCCGACGCCAUCAAAGCGUUCGGUGGCCGCUGUUACGGCCUGUCAUCCAUCAAGUCGUGGUCCGGCUCGCAGAUUAACGAUGCGAGCGAUACCAGUGCCGUCGCGAAGAAGGAUUCGUCGACGACGAAGAUACGCAAGAAGCGGUCCGUCGUCAAUUUGCUGAACCAAACCAACCCGGCCGGCGGUAGUGCCGCGGCCGGUGGAGGUAGCGGCAGUGGAGGCGAUACAACACCCUCCGACUCGAUGCUGCUGGACACGCGCGACUACCGGACGCGGUCCAUCGAGCGACGGCGCGAACGGAACGGCUCGAACGAUCAGCUCUGGCAGAACGUGAAGCAUCUCCGCAUCGGGUCGGUUACCUACGAUACUCAAUUAGAUUUUUUAAGCUUCGUCUCGCUGUAUCGAUCAUUUAGUUUAAUUGCACGGCAGGACCUGCGUGAUAUUUUCGACCAACUCUCGGUGACGACCAUCUCACGGACGACGCUGAACGGGGAGAAAAGCCGAAGUGCACCGGAGUUAUCGGAGACGAUGGUUAAGCGAAAAAUCGGACUCUUGACACGCAAUUGCUCACUGGACAUGGAUCUGACCGAGGCGAAACACACGCAGAAGAAAUACUUCGACGCGAUAGCAGCGUCCAGCAUCGCCCACAUCGCUGCCAGCAACGAUUUCCUUUCGUGCAGCAACAAAGUCAUCACGAUAUCGACGCUGAAAAAGUUUCUCGAAACGCGCCAGAUGGAAAUCAAAACCGAUGAGGAUGUGAAAGCCAUUAUACAGCGUCACGAACCGGAAGCGGCACAUCGCAUCGAGAACUGUCUCAGCUUUGAGGGGUUCGCCCGGUACAUGAUCGACAAGGACAACUACGCGUUUCUCAGCGAAAUCAUGCCGGAAAGCACCUACAUGAACCUGCCGAUGUCCCACUAUUACAUUGCGUCCUCGCACAAUACGUACCUCACCGGGCAUCAGCUGAAGGGCGAAAGCUCGGUCGAGCUCUACAGUCAGGUGCUGCUAACAGGUGCGCGCUGCGUGGAACUCGACUGCUGGGACGGUGACGAUGGUACGCCGGUCAUCUACCAUGGGCACACGUUCACCACGAAGAUUCCCUUCCGGGCCGUCGUAGAAGCAAUAAAUAAAUCUGCCUUCAUACAAUCUUCCUACCCCGUGAUACUCUCCAUCGAGAACCACUGCUCGGUGCAGCAGCAGCAACGGAUGGCCAACAUCUUUCAGGCAAUCUUCGGUGAGAAGCUGGUGACUAACUUUAUGUUCGAUCAGGACUACAGCGAUGAACCAUACCUGCCGUCGCCGCUAUCGCUCAAGCACAAGAUACUGAUCAAAAACAAAAAGCUUAUAGUCGAAAUACCGGCAACCUUAUCAACCGGUUUAACACGACAGAACACCUUCAAACAAUCGAAUUUAUCCAGCAGAGCCAGUUCAAUUAUAUCAAACACUAGCGGUAGUUCGCUGAAUGAAGAGUUUAGCGAUGACGAGUAUGAGGAUGAUGACGAUUUUGACAAUAUUGAUGAAAAAACAUAUCAUACAACUUGGGGAUCAAUAGAAGAUAAGUAUAGGCAUAGUGUGUGCCAUUCCAACAUCACGCCGACAAAGUCGAAAGUCCAAGACCAGGACGAACGAUCCCGCAAGCGCAGCAACCAGAUUGCCCGAGAGCUCUCCGACCUGGUGAUUUACGUGCAAGCAAUAAAAUUUCGCGGCCUGAACCCCUACAGUCCGCACAACUCAAUACGUGCCAAUCCGAAGCAGCAGCAGCAACAGCAGCAGCAGCAGCAACAACAGCAACAGCAACAACAGCAACAGAGUCAACAAAGUCAGCAGAAUCUGCCGAAUGCUCAGCAAAUCGCGCAACAGCAGCAGAACGUGCUGAAGACGAGCGGUUCGGUCGUGACGGUUGGGAGCAUACUGAAGAACAGCUCCGGCGACACGCUCAGUUUGCCCUCGUCCAGCCAUCUGUCGGACAGUCUGUCCCUGAGCUACGACGCGUCUAGCAUCAGCGGAAGCGAAACGCACCUGCCACCGCUAGCGAACUCCACUCGCAACCGAACCCUACCGAACGCCAACCAUCCCUGCUACCAGUGCUCCUCGAUCAACGAGGCGAGCGCGAAGAAGCUCUGCCGGAAAGACCCACUGGGGCUGAUCGCGCACACCGAAUCGCAGCUGAUGCGCACCUAUCCCGCCGGUCUGCGGAUAGACUCGUCCAACUUUAAUCCGGUGUUUUUCUGGUCAUUCGGCAUACAGAUGGUGGCGCUCAACUACCAGACGGAGGACAUUCCCAUGCACAUCAACAAAGCGAUGUUUGAGGAAAACAAUAGCUGCGGGUACGUGCGCAAGCCGGACGUACUGUGGAACCGGUCGCACCUGAUGUACCGCCGGUACAGCCCGCUGGAGAAGGAGUUCGACGGGCUGCACGUGACGCAGCUCGUGCUGAACAUUGUGUCGGGCCAGUACCUCAACCAGUCUAGCCUGUACUCGAGCACAUUCGUCGAGAUCGAGCUGCUCGGGAUACCGGUGGACUGUGGCAAGCGCAAGACGAAGAUCAUCCGCAAGAACUCGUUCAAUCCGCUGUGGAACGAAACCUUCUACUUCAAGAUCAUGUUUCACGAUCUGGCGUUCCUCAAGUUUAGCGUGUACGAUGCCGAAACGGGGCUCGUGAUCGCCCAGCGCGUAAUAUCGCUGAAAUGCAUUCGGCCGGGCUAUCGACAUGUUCGGCUCCGCUCACCCACCAACCAGCCGCUCAACAUGGCCUCGCUGUUCGUGUACACGCGCGUGGAAGAAGAGAGUCUGGAUCGAUCGUACGACGAGAUCGAUGAGCAGUACCUGCAGCAGCGGGGAGAGAAAAAUCGUGGCGGCCGUGGCAAUAGCGGUGGCGCGGAAUCGAGCGACGUCCCGGUGCUGUUCGAAGCGAGCCGACUGGACGUGGCCAACAGCCUGGAGAGCAAGGUACCGCAGCUGAAGCGGAAAAUGUUUUUUCUCACCGUGUACGACGUGGUGCCCGACAAGCCGUACACGAUCCUGAAGAUCACCCAGGAAAGCACAACGAAGGACGUGCUGACGCAGGCGAUGCAGAAGAUGAACAAGUCGGCCCAGGACAUGUCCAACUUCAUACUGAUCGAGGAGGUCUACCGGGGGUGGGAAAAGAAGGACCGCCUGCUGCCACCGAGCCAGCGCGUGCUCGACAUGACGGAGAAACCGCUGCAGGCGCAGGGUCACUGGAAGGGAGAGGGUCGCUUCAUUCUCAAGAAGAUCGGCAACGAUCCGAGCAGCCGGGCGUGGGUUACCUCCAUCCGGCGGACGACCGAUCGGAGGGCGUCGCUUGCGGCCACCCUGGCGGGAGCGGCCGGGGGUACCGGAGCUGCCGGGGGCCCCGGCACCGGGAAGGAACCGACCGCGGACGAUCUGCUGGCGCUCGAGAACGUGGACAACUUCCUCGUGUGCGUGUACAACGUGUCGCAGGACAUCCCGUACGCGAUAUUGCGCGUGCCGAUGAAAUCGACCGCCCAGGACGUACUGGCGCAGGCUCUGCUGAAGGCGCGCCGGCUCGAUAACCCCAACAACUUUGUGCUGGUGGAGGAGCUGAACUACAGCAACAAGAGCAACGACACGAUGCAGCGCAUCCUGCUAGACGACGAGAAUGUGUACGUGACGCAGGCCAACUGGAAAACGAUCGGUCGGUUCGUCAUCCACGAGCGCAGCCAGCUGACACCAUCGACGAUCCGCAAAACAAUCCUACCGAUCGAGAAGAUUAGCCGCGGGUUCAGCAUAAGCCGCGGAUCGUCGUCCUCCUCUACCUCGGUGCACUCGUUGGCCUCCAAGUCACCGAUACAGGUGGCGCUGAGCGAUCCCACGGCAUCUUCGUCUACGUCCAGGUUCAAAUCGCGUUCGGCCGGAGCGCACGAGUCGGCGUCCGGGUCGGGGUCGGCCGUGGGGACAAAGUCACGCCACCACGGGCACGGUCGGACGAAGUUCAGCUCGGAAAAGGACACCUCGUUCUCGAGCACCAGUGCCGGCAAUGCCGGAUCUAAGUCAGCCAACCGGCGGGAGGUCCACUCCGAGGGUGAAACGCUUAGCGACGAGGAACAGAAAGAAUCCGACAUUAUGUCCACGAUGUCGCGCUUCAAGCGUAUGUCUAUCAAGAAGCUAAAAUCCUGGAAAUCGUAACUCGGUACCCCGCGGGACAUUUCCGCCAGCGGUGAAAUGCUGCCAGCAAGCUAGCACAAAGGUCGAGAACCAGACCGGAUAGGUAGGGUUAAAAGAAAGAUAGACACGCACACACACACACAGGCACACAAAUGAAACCGCAAUGCACAAAGGCCAACCGUGAAGCAGGCUAUAAGGUUGGCAUGGCUUUACUUUCUCACAUGGGCAGCAGAGCUGCAUCGGAUUUUCUAAGCAAGCAAGCAAACAGGCAAGCAACACUAUACUCGUUAGGUACUCGUUUUAUUGCUAUCAGCUUCACCACUAUUACUACUUAUAUCGCGCUUGCGUUUGUAAAAGGCUUCAAGCUUCCAGCAAACAGAACGGCCGAGAGCGCGCUUUGGACGAUGCUUCAAACACUAGGACAUUUGAUAGCACGAAAACCACCCGCGCACGCCUCACACGCGCGCGCCAAGAAUAGAUUGUGUCCACUUAUGUCCGCACGAGAGAAAAAAAAACAAGAGUUGGACCAUCCCCAAUACUGUUUCCUGUGAUUUUGUGCCCAGUUUCACGCUGUUCACGCCCUCCACCCUAGCGAGAAACGUGUUUUAAUCGACAAUGUGGCAAGACAAUGUGAAGGCGCAAUAUGGAGGGCACUACACGCAUUAUUAUAGAUAUAAUUCUAGAGGCACCCAGAAUGAGAGGAGGAGGAAGCGGAGACGAAAAGUGGACGAAACGUGCAGCCUACGGUGGAAUAGGGAGGAACGGCAUCAAGCAGCAGCUGCAAACAAUAAACAGACGUAGCAUAUUCUAAUCAUAUUCACACUAAAUCUCACAACUCCUCGUUAAACUAGCUGAUGAUAUGCAGAAAUUACAACUCGUUUGCGACACUAUGAUAGAUUCAAUGUUCGUGCUAAAUGGGGAACUAGCCCGCAACUAGUGUGGAUGGAGGGAAGGAAAUAAAACAUCCCUUCAGCGUUAACGAUGACGAAGAUGAUAUGAUAGUAUUAGCAGUAAUGAAACAUAAUCUUAAACACGCUCUCUCCCUCCCACCCCCACCCCCCCUUUCCCCUCCCGUUAAAACCCUUGGGAGAGAAAUGAGAACAAAAGCAACAAGAGCAAACAAGAGGAAACGAGCAAAGCGAACACAUGUUGAUAACACGUUAAUAAAUAUUUAAUAAGCUAGCGAGUUCAAAAACCAAAAGUUGGGACAGCCCAGGAAAGAAACAAAACAAAACAAAACAAAAAAAACAAAAGAACAAGUAAAAAGAAACACAAAAACGAUAUUGGUAGUGCGCUAGAAUAGAAAAAAGGACAAGCAAAACAAAUGGGAAAAGUAAUAAUAUCAAGCAGAAAGUGCAAAUAAAGAAUGGAAACAAAGGGAGUAUAAGAACGAAAUGCACAGAAGGCAGAAACAAACCAUGUGAUAAUAAAAAAAAAAAAACAAGAAAGAAAGUUUAAAUUGGAUAUACAUUUUUGAAGUAUCAGAUUGACCUAUUCUUUCAAAACCAACUAACUAAGAACAUUGAACGAAUAGUAGGAGGAAAAUGUUAUAUUUUGUAUACACCUUCUUACAAAAGAGAUAAAAAAAAACAUACACACACAGCAUACUUUCACACACACAUACACACACUCUUCAAGUCGAGGACAUUUGGUGAACAAAAUCAUUCGUCAGCGAGACAAAACAAACAAAAUAGAUAUUCAAUAGAAUACGUAGCACUAAACGAUUCAUUGUUGCAAGAACUUGAAACGAGAACGACUAAAUGCGCUCUUGUUGUAUAUCAAAACCUGAACCACGUGUACAAUAUGUCCAACGUAGAACCCGAAAGACACAUACGCCAAGCGCCAUAGCAGUUAUAAAAGAAACUAAAAUCCCAGCAAAAAGAAAAUGAAAAAAAAUAAAUCAACAGAACAAAAACCAAAACUGAAUGCAAUCUCGAAACAAAUGGAAUGAAACCAUAUCCACAAAAAUAAUAAAGGAGGGAGAAAUACCAAAACAAACAAAACAAAAAACAUGCGAAAUAUACACGCAAAUAGCAAAAAAAACAACAAAACAAUUAACUACUAGUA